AAUGAAUUAUGCGCACGCGCAUUGAACAAUCUCACCAGUGUUGGUUGGUGUUGUCUGCAUGGACUACACUUGAAAAUAAAUGAAUCCAUUACAUUUUCUUUCCAAAUAACGGUCCUGUGAAUUACUUUAGACUACGUGCAAGCGUUCUCACCAUUUUACUCCGUGUGGAUAAUGGCGUAGUGAAAGGAGAUCGCAUUGGGUGUUAUGGCUAACGUUAGCUUGCUAAGCUAAACUUCGGUUAGGGUCCGAAGAUAUUAUCAAGCUGGCCUCAACCCGAGGCCAACUGGCCUUCCUAACUGAGUAAAAGUAGCGCAAGGAUGUCGGACUCAGACAGUGAUGAAGACCAAGACCGUCCCUUCUCUCUCACUGGCUUCCUCUUCGGGAACAUCAAUGAAGAUGGUCAGCUGGAAGGAGACAGCGUGCUGGACACUGAAUCCAAAAAGCACCUGGCUGGCCUGGGCUCCCUGGGACUGGGCAACCUCAUCACAGAGAUCACUGCUAGUGAGGAGGACGAUCUGGACGAGGAUGGAGACACAGGCUGGGUGAAGAACGAUGCCGAUGCAGUUGAUUAUUCUGACAUCAACGAGGUGGCUGAAGAUGAGACUAAGAAGUAUCGUCAGGCCAUGGGCAGCCUGCAGCCUACAAGGAGAACAGAUGAUGAGGAUGACUAUGAUGCGGAUUGUGAGGAUAUUGAUGCCAAGCUUAUGCCCCCUCCACCUCCUCCAUGUCUCCCCACGCCUGGUGGCAAGAAAGACGACUCCUCUCCCACGGCUGCAAGUGUUGGGGAUGAAGGAGACGGGAUCAUCCUGCCCUCCAUCAUUGCUCCUUCCUCUCUGGUAGACAAAGUGGACUUCAGCAGUUCCUCAGAUUCUGAAUCGGAGACAGACAGGCCAUCUGCAGGCCCUGGGUCAGGGGGUUCUCCAGCCUGCCUCAGCUUGCCUCUGGCUGGCAUCAUGCAGAAGGAUGCUGCCAAAGCCCUGCCUGGCGUCACACAGCUUUUCCCAGAGUUCAGGCCUGGAAGGGUGCUGCGGUUCCUUCGGCUGUUUGGCCCUGGGAAGAACAUGCCGUCGGUGUGGCGGAGCGCACGGAGAAAGAGGAAGAGGAAGCACCGUGACCCUCAGCAAGGGACACCCCCACCAGAGGGCGCUGAGCCCAUGGAGCAGCAGGGACCAGAGAAGAAGUCUGGCUGGGACUAUGAAUACGCUCCACCUCCACCCCCAGAACAGUGCCUGUCUGACGACGAGAUCACCAUGAUGGCCCCAAUAGAGUCCAAGUUCUCCCAGACCUCUGGAGACGGGGAAAAGGUGACAGAGUCCAGGCCCAAGGUGGCAGAGUGGCGCUACGGUCCGGCCCAGCUCUGGUACGACAUGAUGGGCGUCCCUGACGAUGGCAGUGGCUUCCACUAUGGCUUCAAACUGAAGGAGGAGGAGGACGAUGAGCAGGAGAAACGGGAGAGGCCAGAACCACCGCCACCUUUACAACAUCCCAAAGAGGAGGGCAGUGGUGACGAAAAGGACAAACAGGCCCUGGAGAAUGAGCUCUUCCUGAUGGUCACCCAGCUUCAGUGGGAGGAUGACAUCAUUUGGAACGGAGAGGACGUGAAACACAAGGGCACUAAGACCCAGCGAGCCAGUCUGGCAGGGUGGCUGCCUUCCAGCAUGACCCGCAACGCCAAUGCCUACAAUGCACAGCAGGGUCUGAGUAGGAGUAACUCUCAGCUGGUGCCCCCCACUCCUCCACCUAUGCCCAAAGCCCCUUCCAUUGGCUCUGGCUCCAAGAGGGACAAACACCACCACGACCAUCAUGCCACUCAUGAAGAGGAUGCCCCCUGGUUCUCCAUCUUCCCCAUUGACAAUGAGGAGCUGGUGUACGGGCGCUGGGAGGACAACAUCAUCUGGGAUGACCAGGCCAUGGACCGCAUGCUCUCACCCCCUGUCCUCACCCUAGACCCCAACGAUGAGAACAUAAUUUUAGAAAUCCCAGAUGAGAAGGAGUCUGAGCGCAUGUCCCACUCUCCGUCCAAGGAGAACAAGAAGGAGUCAUCACUAAAGAAGAGUCGCAUCCUGUUGGGGAAGACUGGGGUCAUAAAAGAUGAGCCUCAACAGAACAUGUCCCAGCCUGAGGUGAAGGACCCAUGGAACCUGUCCAAUGAUGAGUUCUAUUAUCCUAAGCAGCAAGGCCUGAGGGGCACCUUCGGUGGCAACAUCAUUCAGCACUCCAUCCCUGCAGUGGAGCUGAGGCAGCCGUUCUUCCCUACUCACAUGGGACCCAUGAAGCUGCGUGGGUUCCACCGGCCCUCUCUGAAGAAGUACUCAUUCGGGACGUUGUCCCAGCCAGGUCCCCACGCAGCCCAGCCCCUACUCAAACAGAUCAAGAAGAAGGCCAAGAUGCGAGAGCAGGAACGCCAGGCUUCCGGUGGAGGUGACAUGUUCUUCAUGCGGACAGCUCAGGACCUGACAGGGAAAGACGGAGACCUGAUUCUGGCAGAGUACAGCGAGGAAUACCCUCCGCUCAUCAUGCAAGUCGGCAUGGCAACCAAGAUCAAGAACUACUACAAGAGAAAACCAGGGAAGGACCCUGGAGCUCCAGACUGUAAGUACGGAGAGACCGUGUACUGCCACACCUCACCUUUCCUGGGCUCCCUGCACCCCGGACAGCUGCUGCCGGCUUUUGAGAACAACCUUUUCCGUGCCCCCAUCUACCUCCACAAGAUGCCAGAGACAGAUUUCCUGGUGCUGCGUACACGGCAGGGCUACUUCAUUAGAGAGCUGGUAGACAUCUUUGUGGUCGGCCAGCAGUGUCCCCUCUAUGAGGUCCCUGGACCCAACUCCAAACGAGCCAACACCCAUAUCAGAGACUUCUUGCAGGUGUUUAUCUAUCGGUUGUUCUGGAAGAGUAAAGAUCGUCCCAGGAGAAUCCGCAUGGAGGACAUAAAGAAAGCUUUCCCCUCACAUUCAGAAAGCAGCAUCCGCAAACGCCUAAAACUCUGUGCUGACUUUAAGCGUACAGAUAGGCGCCAGGAAAGAGAGAGGUCAGCAUAUUAUGGAUAUGGAGUUUACUGUGGAGGGAUGGACUCUAACUGGUGGGUGCUGAAGCCUGACUUCAGGCUGCCUACUGAGGAGGAGAUCAGGGCCAUGGUGUCUCCAGAGCAGUGCUGUGCCUACUACAGCAUGCUGGUGGCAGAGCAAAGACUGAAGGAUGCUGGAUAUGGUGAAAAGUCCUUCUUUGCCCCAGAGGAAGAGAAUGAGGAAGACUUCCAGAUGAAGAUUGAUGAUGAGGUCCGCACAGCCCCUUGGAACACGACGCGAGCCUUCAUCGCUGCCAUGAAGGGGAAGUGUCUGCUGGAGGUCAUGGGGGUGGCCGACCCCACAGGCUGUGGAGAGGGAUUCUCUUACGUCAAAGUACCCAACAAGCCCACUCAACAAAAGGCCCAAGACGACCGGGAACCACAACCCGCUAAGAAGACUGUGACAGGGACAGAUGCUGAUCUGAGAAGACUGUCACUCAAAAACGCCAAGCAGCUGCUGCGCAAGUUCGGUGUCCCAGAGGAGGAGAUAAAGAAGCUGUCUCGUUGGGAGGUAAUUGAUGUGGUGAGGACCAUGUCCACAGAGCAGGCCCGCUCUGGUGAGGGGCCCAUGAGCAAGUUUGCCCGUGGGUCCCGCUUCUCUGUAGCCGAACACCAGGAGCGCUACAAGGAGGAGUGCCAGAGGAUCUUUGACCUGCAGAACAAAGUAUUGGAUUCCACAGAGGUCCUGUCCACAGACACAGGCAGCAGCUCAGCGGAGGACAGUGACUUUGAGGAGAUGGGGAAGAACAUUGAGAACAUGCUGCAGAACAAGAAGACCAGCUCCCAGCUGUCCAGAGAGAAGGAGGAGCAGGAGAGGAAGGAGCUGCAGAGGAUGCUGAUGGGAGAGGAGAGCGACCACAAGGGACGCAAGGGCUUCUCCAGUGCCUUGUCCACAGGCUCCCAUAAAGAUGACGACACGUCCUCGGUCACCAGCCUGAACUCGUCCGCUACGGGACGGCGCCUCAAAAUCUACCGCACCUUCAGAGACGAAGACGGCAAGGAGUAUGUCCGCUGUGAGACGGUCCGCAAACCCUCCGUCAUAGACGCCUACACCAGAAUCAGAACCACCAAGGAUGAUGAGUUCAUAAGAAAGUUUGCUGUGUUUGACGAGCAACACAGAGAGGAGAUGAGGAAGGAGCGGAGGAGGAUCCAGGAACAGCUGAGGAGGCUGAAGAGGAACCAGGAGAAGGACAGGUUCAAGGGCCCCCCGGAGAAGAAGGCCAAGAAGAUCAAGGAGAGGCCAGACCUCAAGGUAAAACUGAAGUGCGGAGCUUGCGGUGCCAUCGGGCACAUGCGAACCAACAAGUUCUGCCCGCUAUACUACCAGACCAAUGCCCCGCCCUCCAACCCGGUUGCCAUGACAGAGGAACAGGAGGAGGAGCUGGAGAAGACUGUCAUUCACAACGACAACGAGGAACUCAUCAAGGUGGAGGGAACCAAGAUCGUCCUCGGCAAGCAGCUUAUCGAGAGUGCUGAUGAGGUGCGCAGGAAGUCUCUGGUGCUGAAGUUCCCCAAACAGCAUCUUCCCCCCAAGAAGAAGAGACGUGUGGGGACCACUGUACACUGUGACUACCUCAAUAGGCCCCACAAAUCCAUCCACCGCCGACGCACUGACCCCAUGGUCACCCUGUCCUCAGUCCUGGAGAGCGUCAUCAACGACAUGCGGGAUCACCCUAAUACAUACCCCUUCCACACGCCGGUCAAUGCCAAGGUGGUGAAGGACUACUAUAAGGUCAUCCCUCGUCCCAUGGAUCUGCAGACGCUACGGGAGAAUGUGCGCAAGCGCGUGUACCCCUCCCGGGAGGAGUUCAGAGAGAACGUGGAGCUCAUCAUCAAGAACAGCGCCACAUACAAUGGUGCCAAACAUCCAAUAACCCAGGUGGCGCAGACAAUGCUGGACCUUUGUGAUGUGAAACUGAAAGAGAAGGAAGACAGGCUGGUGAGACUGGAGAAAGCUAUCAACCCCCUGCUGGACGAUGACGACCAGGUAGCCUUCUCCUUCAUCCUGGACAACAUCGUCACUCAGAAGAUGAUGGCCGUGCCUGAUUCUUGGCCGUUCCACCAUCCAGUCAACAAGAAGUUUGUUCCAGAUUACUACAAAGUGAUAGUCCAACCCAUGGACCUGGAGAAUGUCCGCAAGAACAUAUCCAAACACAAGUACCAGAAUCGAGAUGUGUUCCUGUUUGACGUCAGCCUGGUCCACACCAACAGUGUCAAGUACAACGGUCCAGACAGUCCUUACACCAAGACGGCUCUGGAGAUAGUCAACGUGUGCAAGCAGACCCUGGCAGAGUAUGAUGAGCACCUGACCCAGCUGGAGAAGGACAUCUCCACAGCUAAAGAGGCAGCUCUGGAUGCAGCAGACCUGGAUUGCCUGGACCCCAUGACUCCUGGAACCUACACAUCACAGGGUCGUCAUAGAAGACUAGGAGAGGAGGAGUCAGACGUGGACAUCGAGGGCUUCGAGGAGGAGGAGUAUGACUGCAAGCCCAAGACACCAGCGCCUGCUGAGGAUGGUGAGGGAGACCUGGAGGAUGAGGAUGAUGAAGAGGAGAUGCUGUUGCCGCCGCCCCGCAGACGACUGCAAGGCCACAAUGAUGAUGAUUAUGACGAGGAUGAAGGCUCCAGUCGGCCAGCCCAGGCCAGCGUGCUGUACCAGGACCUGCUCAUGUCAGACGGAGAGGAUGACGCCAGCGAAGAGGAGGGAGACAACCCGUUCUCCUCGAUCCACCUGUCAGAGAGUGGCAGUGACUCAGACAGAGAGGUGGAAGUGCAUCCCCUGCCCCCUCCCAGACCCCACCAAGAGACAGCCCGCAUGGGCCUGGAGCAGGACGACAGCAUGAUGUCAUACGGGGAAGAUGUGCCGGAUGAGACCCACCUGGAGGACAGUAAUGUCAGUUAUGGGAGCUAUGAGGAGCCGGAGGGUCAGACCCAGACCCAGACCUCCAGCAUGGGCAAUGGAGAGGGCUACGGCAUGAGUGAGGAAGAGGAGGAAGAUAAAGAGGCAGCUCGGAGGAGGGGUCCCAGUGUACUUUCCCAGGUGCAGCUGAGUGAGGAUGAGGAGGACAGUGAAGAGUUCCGGUCCAUCGGGGGUGACAGUGACAUGGACUCAGACAACUAGAGAAGUGUUCCACCACACACACACACACUUAAAGAUGCAAAUGUGCUCUACAAUCAUUAUAACAGACAGAUCCACAUCCAUACACAUGAGUUCAGGCUCACUAAAUGAAUACACCUUCAACUUGCAGGCUGAAUUACAUGCACGUACUGUCAUCAUAACUUUAUCUCAUGUCAGUCAAUCCCCCAAUGAUAGUUAAGACUGUUUUCUGUCCGGUCAUUACCACACCUAUGAAGUCUCUAUGAUAAACUCCUGUGAGAUCAAUAUUGUACAAAAUGUUCAAUCAAACUGAAGUGAGCUUGUUUAUCUAUAAUGGCAGGAUUAAAUUGGAGUUGAUGCUUUAAGUCAAUGUUUUCUACUGGUUAUGCUCUUUUCAGUGUACCGACACAUGUAUAUAUAUUUUUUUACAAUUGAAUAACGUUUUAUUUUAUGGUUGUGCAGAACUUUGGCCAAAAUGAAGAUAUUUGAAUAGUCAGCUUUGACAAUUGUUUGUUUUCAGUGCCACGUCUCAUCUCAACCUUUUUGUCUUGAGACACUGGGUUGAGUGAUCGAAAAAUACUAUUAUUCCCCAUUAACUAUUAUGAUUGCAGCCUGUAUUUUCAGGCAUUUGAGAUGUUUCCAGCACUGUUACUAGGAAACUCAAACUUCCAAGGAGAUCCUAAAUAAAAACCAGAGAUAAGA